CUGAAUGUAUCUCAUAGUUACUAAGCAUUUUAUACAAAAAUGCAAAGGUUUUGGUGUCUUUCCAUAUACUUUUGAUAAAAACAAUGUCAAGAGGUCUUACAUAAAGUUUGUGUUGCAUUGAAUCAAUGACAGUAAUCGAUAACUAAAAAGACAAUUAUAAUGAAUGAAACAAGAACACAGACUCCUACACUGGAUCAAAUAUUGGAUGGUGAAUACAAAUUUGCUGUACUCUGUCGAGUAUGUGGUGACAAUGCUUCGGGUGUGCAUUACGGAGUAGAUGCGUGCGAGGGGUGCAAGGGAUUUUUCCGGCGAACCACGGGACAGAAUCUGAAAUAUCCAGUAUGCAAAUUAGGAGGAAAUUGCGAAAUUAACAGAGAGUCUAGAAACAGGUGUCAGUCAUGUAGAUAUGAGACAUGCGUAAAAGUCGGAAUGUCUCGAAAAGCCGUCAAGUAUGGAAGAAUACCAAAAAGAGAAAAGGUUAAAAUUUUGAAACGAAGAUAUUCAUCGUGGAGAAGCUAUGCUCGAUCGGAUGAGAAUGCUACCGGGAGCAUCGAAAAGUUACUAAAGCUGACAACUGACGCCCGCAAAACAAUAAAUCACGCUAAUGUAUUGAUAAACCCGGCCAAGAAAGCAAAAAGUAAACAUUUACCAACUGCAAAAUAUUUGAUACAAAGUCGUAUCGAAAACGAGGGAAGCGGCCAGUCUGUAACAAGAAGAAACCAUUCGCACUUGCUAAGUGCUGGUGAUGGCGUUCUCAACGUUUCCAGAGACAGUGGGAAUUCAGUAACACGGCAGAAAUUAGUAUAUUCUGCCUGUAAAUCAAAUGAACCUCAUUGGAGCCCAAUAUCCGUCGUUGAAAAUCAAAAAUCCACAUCUGAAAAAAUUAGGCAGCCGAACUUCAUCGAAGCUUUGCAAUAUGAUCCAAGGGAAAAGGAACAUGGGCAUAUCCAGUUGUCGACUUUGAACAAAAAAGAUCAAUACUUUUCGUUUGAUAAAUUUCCCGAACGACUGAAUGAAAAUGCAAAGGGCAAUUCUUUGCCUGCCUCAAAUUUGCCAUACACACCAUACAACCAGAAGAAGCGUUUGUGGUCAGCAUCAUCCCACGACAGUUCUUGCUCCUCCCGAGUUGAGUGCGAAUUUUCAAGCAAAGACAAUGAAUAUCAAUACAGUAACACAUUGGCGAGCAUGAACAACGUAGUAAACACAAAUUUGAGCAAUCAGCAUUCGGAGUACAAGCAAAGCCCCUGUGUAUAUGAUGAUAUUGCAAAUACACUUCGUGUCGGUUUCCAAGCCACUUUUUUUCUGGCCAAGCGAGGAUUUUUUCUAAGCCCAGAAUUUGAGGGAAAGAGACACAGUCAACUCGAGAAAGCAACAUGUAACGUUACAAUACAAAACACAUCACCAUUCAACAUGGCGAUAUGUGAAGUCGUUGAAUUCGCAAAACAAAUACCUGGAUUUACCAAUAUGUUAAAGGUAGUGGAUCAAAUCCAUCUCUUAAAAAAAGGAUUACUCGAGGUCAUGCUCAUCGUUAUGUUAUCUGGUUAUAACCCGGUCAACCAAACAUUUCUAUUUCCAGAUGGAAAACAGAGUGGUUUAUCUGAAUUAGUUUCCAAUGAUAUGGGAGAAUUCGCCAAAUGUACAUUCGAUUUUGCUGAACAAUUUAGUUCCCUUGGUCUUAGCCCAGAAGAAGUUGCCAUAUUCACAGCUUUGGUACUGAUUACCUGCGCUAAGAAUACUGAUUCUGAUGAAGCUUAUGCUGGUUUAAAUGUGAAUAUUAACAGUGUCAGUGUCAAACACAAUAUUGAUACUGGUGCCAAAUGCAAUAUUCCCAAUAUUCACAAAAUGACUUGA